UUUUGUUGGCGGAAGGUCAGUCACAUAUAUUAGUAUCUCAUCGCGCGUACCGACUUUCCAUCUGCAGUCAUUCUCAUCUGGCGUCUUUACGCUUUAUACAACCGAUCCAAGUUCAUACUAUAUUUGCUGGGCGGGUUGUUCCUAGUUAUCGCCGCGCUUUCGGUAGGGAUCGACAUAUACUUAUAUAGUCGACCCGAAGCGUUCUCGGGUGACUUUCUAGUUGAUCGAUUUGUGUGCAAGCUGACCUCUCGUUGUAUAGUGAAAGAAAUAGUAACUCCGAACGUCAAUUACUGCACGUCUUCCUUCAACAUAGGGCCUAUGCCUUCGAUCUAUACUUCCAUCCCGAUCAUAUGCUUCGAUAUCUUCCUGGUUGUUCUCGCCGUUAUUAACCUCGUGAAACACCUCAGAGAACGAAGAGAAAUACAAGUGGAGCCUAACACAUAUGUAAUUCUGAUCGUUCGGUGUCAUGUCAUAUACUUCCUCCUGAAUUUAACAAACGAAGUCUUAUUGACGGUGUUAUGGGCCAACAUUCCGCCGGCAGUGAACAGUCUCUCGGAGGGUUUCAUCAAUACCGCACCAUUUAUUAUUGCGCCCCGUCUGAUUAUCAGCAUUUGGGACACACAUGCCAAUGUAGAGCGCACACAUGACAGUGCGACGUUCGAAGAUUGCAUAUGCUGGACAAUGCCAUCGACAUGCGAGGAACACGAAAUGGUCCACGUAUGAUUCUGACCCGGAUGAAGGAAAAAAAUAUGGGGUGAAGUAGUUGGACCUGGGUCCUGUCAAUUUCUUUGAUAUACGAGAGUAGAGGGC